AAUCAGAACUGUGCUGAAAAAACCCAGAGAGGCGCAGGCAGGCAAGACGAGCGCAGAGACGGCCGCGAUGACUUCCAGUAAGAUCGAGAUCCCGGGAGAGGUGAAGAGCGACCCCGCUGCUCUCAUGGCAUCGCUCCAGCUGAUGCCCUCACCGGUGCCCAACCCGGAGAUCAAGUAUACCAAGAUCUUCAUCAACAAUGAAUGGCAGGACUCUGUUAGUGGAAAGGUCUUCCCUGUCUACAACCCGGCUACUGGGGAGCAGAUCUGUGAAGUCCAGGAAGCAGACAAGGCUGACGUUGAUAAAGCCGUGCAGGCAGCUCGCCUGGCCUUUUCUUUGGGCUCUGUGUGGCGAAGGAUGGAUGCUUCAGAGAGGGGUCGACUGCUGUCCAAACUGGCUGAUCUGGUGGAGAGGGACAGUGUCUACCUAGCAACUAUUGAGUCACUGGACAGUGGAAAGCCUUUCCUGCCCACUCUGUUUGUGGACCUCCAAGGAACCAUAAAGACACUGAGAUACUUUGCUGGAUAUGCCGACAAGAUCCAUGGUACUUCCAUUCCAAUGGAUGGAGAGUAUCUGACAUUUACCAGAUAUGAGCCCAUUGGAGUUUGUGGACAAAUUGUCCCUUGGAACUUCCCUCUGAUGAUGACAGCAUGGAAGCUGGGCCCAGCGCUCGCGUGUGGAAACACUGUCGUCCUGAAACCUGCUGAGGAGACGCCGCUCACCUGCCUCUACAUGGCAGCUCUAAUCAAGGAGGCCGGCUUUCCACCGGGAGUCAUCAAUAUUUUGCCAGGAUUCGGGCCAACAGCAGGAGCUGCAAUUGCUUCACACAUGGGCAUAGACAAAGUGGCUUUCACAGGAUCAACCGAGGUCGGCAAGCUGAUCCAAGAGGCAGCUGGGAAGAGUAACCUAAAGAGAGUGACGCUGGAGCUGGGAGGAAAGAAUCCCAACAUUAUAUUUGCAGAUGCUGAUUUGGAUCUGGCUGUAGAAGAAGCCCACCAGGGUGUGUUUUUCAACGCAGGCCAGUGCUGCACGGCAGGCUCUCGCAUCUAUGUGGAGGAGCCCAUAUAUGACGAGUUCGUCCGGAGGAGCGUGGAGAGAGCAAAGAGGAGGAUAGUUGGCAGCCCCUUUGACCCCAUGACUGAGCAGGGACCACAGAUCAGUCGAGAGCAUCAGAGCCGUGUGCUGGAGUUCAUCCAGAGCGGCAUUACUGAAGGGGCCAAGCUGGAGUGUGGAGGCAAAGCUCUGGGCUUGAAAGGGUUCUUCAUUGAGCCUACAGUCUUCUCUAAUGUCAGAGAUGACAUGCGCAUUGCCAGAGAAGAGAUUUUUGGGCCAGUCCAACAGAUCAUGAAGUUCAAAACAAUUGAUGAAGUGAUAGAAAGAGCCAACAACUCAGAUUAUGGUUUGGUUGCCGCUGUAUUCACCAAGGACAUCAGCAAAGCCAUGACCAUUUCCACAGCUAUGCAGGCUGGCACUGUCUGGAUAAACUGCUUCAACGCUCUGAGCACACAGUGUCCAUUUGGAGGAUAUAAAAUGUCUGGCAAUGGGCGUGAAAUGGGAGAAAACGGCUUGAAGGAGUACUCAGAAGUGAAGACCAUCACAAUAAAGAUGGUCGCCAAGAACUCUUAAGGCAGCCACACUUUUUUUGGGAGGGGGGAGGGAGGAGGAGGUAGUGUCUUCCUCAUUGUUGACAAGCUUUUGUCAGUCUGUCCAUGGUGGCACACCACGACCCAUCAGAGCUACUUAUAUCCGUGAUAACUCCAGGCUGUACCCACUCACUGCCUCCUGUCCCUCCGUGGACAUUCAGCCGCUUCCAGUCCAGCUAUCGCCACUUGUG